AUGGCUCGCUACGCGUUUGACGAUACCAAGUUGCCGGAGAAGACUGCAAAGUCGCGUGGUGCCUACCUCCGCGUUCACUUUAAGAACACGCGUGAGACCGCAGCUGCUAUUAGCGGCAUGAAGCUUCAGAAGGCUUAUGCUUACCUUGACAAUGUUGUUGAGCACAAGCAGGCUAUUCCUUUCCGUCGCUUCAACGGUGGUGUGGGCCGCACUCCUCAGGUAAACGGUCUGAAGACUACUCAGGGUCGCUGGCCCGUCAAGUCAGUCAAGUUCCUGCUUGGUCUUCUUAAGAAUGCUGAGGCCAACGCCGAGGCUAGCGGUCUGGAUGCCGAGGCCCUUGUUAUCCGCAACAUUGUCGUUCAACAGGCCCCUACGACUUACCGCCGCACUUACCGGGCGCACGGUCGUAUUAACCCCUACCGCAGCUCGCCUUGCCACAUUGAGAUCCAUCUCUCAGAGCCUCUUGAGCAGGUUCCCAAGACCGUUACUGCAGUUCCUCAGCGUCUUAACAAGCGCCAGCUUGCCAAGAAGCGUGUGGCUGCUGCUCGUGCCAUUGCUCCUGCGCAGUCCGCUUAA